AUGUCAUCAUUCGUGAAGGACAAUCGAGUCACCAAAUCAAAGGCCAAAAGAACCAAACCGUCCACCCGACGCGUCUCCAGCAAAGCACUCCCACUCAUCGAGCAAACCAACGCAUUGUCAGUACGCGACUUCAUCGCGCAAUACGUACCAGCACUCUCAGAAAAUGCGUCUUCGGAGAAAGACAGUCCAGACCAGCAAACCCCACCAACGCCAGUCGUGGACAUCUACUCCGCAGCAACGAUCUCCACCACAGACCUAGAGGCAUGUCUAGAUCUCAUCGAGCAAACAUCUAGCGAAGCAUACACAGCCUCCAGCGAAGGCUGGUCACGUGUAAAAAAGCGUAAAGAGAUGAAACUCCCAGACAUGAAGUACCUGAUUGUGCGCAGCGGCAGCGGCAGCGCGAGCGAAAACAUCCCGACCGGAACCGAUGAGCCGGGAUCUUCGGCUCGGGACGUUCUUGGGUUCUCGUCUUUCAUGGUUACUUACGAGGAUGGGAAGGAGGUUAUGUAUUGCUAUGAGAUUCACCUGUCGCCGAUGGCCCGGGGGCGGGGCGUCGGGAAGUGGCUUAUGGGGCGGAUGGAGGGGAUUGGUCGGGCUGUCGGAUUGGAGAAGGCUAUGUUGACAGUUUUUAAGUCGAAUGCCGUUGCGAGGGGCUUUUAUGAGAGGCUUGGCUAUGGUGUUGAUGAGUACUCGCCUCGCCCGCGGAAGUUGCGGAAUGGGACCAUUAAGGAGGUUGAUUAUAUGAUAUUGUCUAAGAGGUUGAAAUGA